UCCUCAGAAGUUUCCAAAUCACAUACACUCUCUAUCCACAAUCCAUCGCAGCGCUCUCGUCUUUGGUUCGCUUCCCUUCAUCGAAUCACUCCCUGCACGCAAAAUGGUUCGAUCUCCGUGCUGCUCCGGUGACCACCACGAGGCGGAUGGGUUGAAGAAAGGGCCGUGGAGCGCUGAGGAAGACACGAAGCUGAGCGAGUACAUAGAGAAGGAAGGCCAUGGGAGAUGGAGUGACCUCCCCAGGAAAGCAGGCCUCAACAGGUGCGGCAAGAGCUGCAGAUUGAGGUGGAUCAAUUACCUGAGGCCUGACAUCAAGAGAGGCAACUUCUCUGAAGAAGAAGAGGCCAUGAUCAUCAACUCCCACUCUCUUUACGGAAACAAGUGGUCGAAGAUUGCAAGCCAUCUCCAUGGGAGGACAGACAACGAAAUCAAGAACCAUUGGAACACCCGCAUGAGGAAGAAGCUACUCCGGAUGGGCAUCGAUCCGAACACCCACAAGCCAAGGACUGAUCAUCUCAACCAAGCCAUGAACCUUUCACAGUUGCUAAGUACUACUGGUGGACCACACUUGGGCAGCUCAUCACUGUGCCCUUUGGAGAAUGCCAUUGCAAAUGCCGCUGAACUAGCCAAGCUACAACUUCACAGCUUGCUAGUGCAGAUCAUAGGCACAAGCAGCCCACCUCCAAUCUUGGAUCAUAGCACCAAUAGUCUAUUGGGGAUCCUAAAUUACGAUAAUCGCCAUCUGCGUGUUCCAGGGCUUGCUCCAACCAUUGAGCACCAAGCAGUGAACCAAUUAUCGCCAUGGCCAAGUUAUGGAGGUGGGUUUGAAGUUACUAUGGGAGAUGAUACUGUUGGGUUGUGCAACAACGCAUGCCUGAUUCGACCAGAAAAUCCACUUCCUCAACUGGUCUCAGCCUCUCCUGAGGAUUCUAAAAUAAUGAACCAAAUUGAAAGUGAGAGCCUUCCAAUUUGUAACAACUGGCCUCCACAAUCUCAAUCCCUCAACUUUGUCGAGGACUGGGACAAGCUGCUUGAAGAUGACACAAGUGCCUCCUUCUUGAGAGAGAUUCUGCAAUAGGAUGUAUUUUUCUCGUUUGUUCAGCCAAAGACCAUGUUCGUCCCUCACUGCAACUGCGGCAAAUCAAAGUUGAGACCAUCUCCAUACGGAUUUACGAGCAUCACAUGGAGAACCACCAAAGCAAAAUUCAUAAUUUUUCUCUGGGUUUGCUCUAUUGUCUAUUCCUAUUCAGUAUUCACGUGUUGAUAAUUCUUAAUAUUUGGAAAAGCCUGUAUGUAGUGAUGUUUUCAAUGAUGUGGAAAGUGAAAAGAAGAAAGAAGCCACGCGUGGACCAAUGUGAAACUUUCAUAUCAUAUGCUGUUGUAUCAAAUAUAAACACACACAUACACACCUGCAGCCUUUGUUCUUUUCCUGUAAGAUCAUUUCUGGUGUAUAAAAUUCGCAUGAAUAAUAUUGAUGAGUGAUGUGAUACUCUUUCAUUUGACUA